AUCGGGUUGUGACUGCGUAAUACGGAUACCAAACAGUACAUUGGGAUGCGCCCAGAUCAUCCAAGGCUGGGCCACAUCCCGAGUUCCCUGGAAUCCCGGAGGCCGGAGGUGAAGAAGGAGGAGGAGGAUGUGGACAAUGAGGAGAUGCCCCUUAUUUCUCCAUCAUGGGCCGUCUUGACUCUUCCUGCAUGAGGGUCUGAGAGGUGCCAUCGAAAGACGGCUAGCUUGUGCCCGUUUCCCCUGCUUUUACAACAUAUGUUUAGGUCUUUGGCUCCUCUUCUCUGGUUUCCUUCUUCCUCACUGACCUAUUUUUUCUCUUUUGACUCUUUGACCUCUUUGUACCUGAUCAUCCCUUCGCCGUCCCAUUUUCCAUUAGCUUUCCCUCUUCUAGUUCUCACAAGGAGAAAAGAAACUUUUUGAGAUCAACGGCCACCCCGUCUCCAACUCACUACCACACCAAGCUUCACCCUUUUUUCCCCUACCUACGUAACCCAUCCCAGCCUGUCCCGUGUCGGAACCUCUUGGCAGCAAAAACAAGCAGUCGAGUGUCUUUCUGCACGUUGGCUGCCGGCUUGGCAAGGUGCACCAGCCAUACGGCCACACACGAUCAACUGCCUCUUUGGGAGCAACUCUCGAACUGUCCAUCACACGUACAAGACGAGACGGGUUGUAAGAGAGUGUAGCCCACACCACCAGACGACGUUUUGUUUACCCUGGUGGGGAAGCAAAGAAUAGGGAAAGAAAAACAAAACACAAACAUACCAAACCCAAAGAGAGCGCCACGCGUCGGUCGAGUUUUCACCGCCUCGACCCAAUAUCCGUAACAUCGUGGCGAACCAACAUCGUCAACUCAUACCGAAAAUCAUCGUCACAUUUGACGACGACGACCACCACCACCACCACCACAACGACGAUAGAAGCGGUGGUAUUGCCUACCCCUCUUCUUCGAGACACGCAUCACGCAGAAUGUCCAAGGAACUCCCGCGCCACGAGAGACGGUCAUCAUCGCCGGCGUCCUACACCAGCGGCACCAGCAGCAGCCCCCGGAAUCCCUUGGACCAGUGCGAGAUGAACUUCCGGACGCUGCUCGGCUUCGUCUCGACCCGCGUCCUGCGCGGCGGCCCGCGCCUCGUCAUCCAGCUCAUCCUCGCCGCCUUCGCGCUCCUCGUCCUCGGCAGGUUCUUGGCCUCGCCGACGUCGUCGGAUACCCUCUUCAGCUCCGGCUCGCGAUGGAGCUGGUCGCCCUUUGGCGGUAGCGCCGACGACACGACGAGCGCCGUUGGCACCGGCAGACCCGGCGGCGUGAGGGUCGUCGCUUUCGGAUCGCCCGACAUCGCGACGCCUUCGACAAGCAAGGGAACGGGUGGCAAGGGCUGGACUGAGAUGCUCUGUGAAGAGCUGCGAUGCUCAUCUCACCACUCCUUCAUCCCCUCCAUCAGCCUCCCCGCUCAGGCCAUGACCUCCAACGAGCACUACCGACACACCAUCGCCAAGGUCACCGCCGACAAUGAGCAGCCCAAGGCGCCGGGCUACAACUACGACUUCCUCCUCGAGCAGUUCCCCCUCUCCGACACCAUCGCCGACCUCAAGGCCCAGGUCGACGACUUUCUCGCCCAGCCCCAGCCCCGCGACCUGCCCCGCGAGACCGUCUGGGUCUUCACCUUUGGCACCUGGGACGUCUGGGCCCUCGCCUCGCUGCCGCGCGAGCUGGGCCAGGGCCUCGUCGACGCCGCCGUCGCCGCCCUGUUCGCACAGGUCGAGCGCGUCUACCAGGCCUCCCUCGACGCCGAGUCCGCCGCCUUCUCCGACUUCUGGGCCUACCAGGACGCCUCGCUCAUCGAGAAGCUCAACGCCGUGGAGGACGAGGGCCGGGGCGAGGUGGACCCGCGCGAGGUUGAGAACUUCCGCCUCAUCGUGCCCGAGCUGCUCGACGUUUCAUUGACGCCCGGGUGGCACGCCCGUCGCCCCGCGCCGCCGAGCCCGCACACCAAGGCCGAGCAGAUGACCAACGCGGCGCACCUCACGGCGAGAUGGAACUCCGAGGUCAAGGGCCGUAUGGACAUGUGGAUGAGCACGGCGGAUCCGCGAGCGGAGGACGGCGAGGAGAAGGGCAAGUUCGGCUACGUACCCGCGAGUGAGAACACCAACGCCGCCGCCGGCUCGCGCCUCAUUCGCACCCGCGCCGAGCAGGGUCUCAAACCCCCCGCCGAGGGCGAGGCGCUGAGCGUGCCGUUCCCGCGCCGCGUCGGCGCGCAGGUCGACGGCGCGACCUUCGUCCGCGAGGCCAUCGUCGAGCGGCAGAUGCGCGACCACGGGCUGACGGACCACAUGGGUCGCGGCAACCGGACCGACGGCGGCGGCGGCGGCGGCGGCGAGGAGGAGCAGCAGGGCGGCAGCGUCUUCUUCGCCGAGACGUGGACCCCGUGCAUCUGGGCCAGGACGUCCGAGACGCCCGACGUCGACGGCGCGUACGCCGCGUGCGACAGCCCCGGCGACUACCUCUUCCACUCGCCCUUCACGCUGGGCGAGCGUGCGGUCCGCGAGACGGCGAGGAUCGCGGCCGCCGAGACCCGGAGCAGGCUGGCGUUUGUGGAUCCUGCUUCGGCAGACGAGGCCGAGGCGCAGGAGACGGUGGCGGAGAAGAUGAAGAGACGCGAGCGCCGCGGCGAGACGAGGGGUUUUCAGCGCGUCAUGCGCCCAAACCGCGCGAUGCGGCUCGUCGACGCCGCGUGCCCGACCCUGGACGUCUGCUGAGGGUAUCGCAAAGAGUUCCUUGCAUCUUCUUGAGGGCAUUUUCGACUACGAAUAACAUCAGGCAUUGGGGAAACCGGGUGGUUUUUUCUUUUCUUUUAUUUUCUUUUGUUUCGUUUCUUUCUUCCAAACAUUUUCCUUCUCAUGGCAUCGGCGUUGGCGGGGAUUCUGGGACAUGAGGACAUAGCAUAGCACGCCAUUGACGCUCCCGACACGAAGGGGACGCACAGCACUUGGAGUUUGGCGUCGAACGGAUACCAGGGGGGCGGAUUCACGAACCUCCCUGAACAUUCAUAGCAAAUGAAAAGUUCAUUGAG